GUGAUAAACAUAGUGAUUAUAUGCUCUUUGGUGAUAAAUAAAAUGGCUGCACCUAAAGAUGAUGACGAAGAGGAUCUUGUCUUCAACGUAGAAGAAGUCCAGAAAAUAAUUAGAGACACCAUAGAACUUAUUCUUGGCGGAAACGUGUACAGUCAUUCGAGAACACCACAAUGGAUUGGUUUGAUUACCGAUAAAACAAUGGCAAGGAUUGCAAAGCUUAAUAAGCCCUUCAAGUAUAUCUUUCGAAUUACGAUAACCCAGAAGAAUGGUAGUGGUUUGCAUACGGCUGCAGCAUACUUCUGGGACACGGUCACCGACGGGACAUGCACAGUACGUUGGGAGAACAAGUAUAUGUAUUGUAUUGUUAAUGUUUGGGCUUUAGCAUUGCAGAUUUAAAAUAAAUUCUUUUUUGCAUUGCUACAACGCA